CGCAGGGGUAUAUCUUGAUUUAAUCACCUUUCUUAAUCAUAUAUAUUUUCUUUUGUUUCAAUGCUUGAGAAUUUUUUUAUUUAGUGUUUGGAUAAGUUCAAAUUUUACAAAAUUGUCAAAACUCGAAUCAUUCUUCCUUGUAGGUAAAUUUUUAGAUUUAAUUUUAAUACAAAAGUUCCAUCAAGCAAAGUGACAACGAAUUAAUAGCUAUUAAAUGUUGUGUUUUUUAAAAAUGAAAUUUGUGUUGAAUAUGUGAUUCGAACAUUAGAUCACAUCAAGUAGUGAUCUGGUUUCCAUUCAUUAUUUUGUUGUUUUUGUGCACCCACAUAUAUGCCAAUUGAAGAGUGUUUAAAAUUUACUAGCCGCAUUAUUUAGCAUGCUGGUGCAGUCAGAGUUCAAGAAAAUUUAGAAAAAGUGUUCAUACCUGAGUCCGUAUCAAUUAGCACAUUUGUAUUUGACAAAGAUAUGGGGAAUUUAAAAGGUAAUUUAUGACGUCACCACCUGGCGAUUCCAAAACGUUACCCAGCUUUAUGGAGUUAGUGCUAUUUUGGUUCCAGGAGAUUGGGAGUUGUCACCAGUUAUUUUUACCUGUAUUUGAGUUAUUUAGGCUCAACUCAUAAGUGCCAUGGAAUGGCUUCGCUGAAGGACUGUUAGUCUAAUGCAUUGCCGUUAGGCCACAUUAUCAAAAGAAUUAACAAACGGACAUAUUUUUUCAGCUAUUUAAAAGAAAAUAAACUCAUCCACCUUGGCCGUGCAUACACACAGAGCAUAUUGAUAUACGAUAAAAUCUUGAAAAAAGUGUUUGUUUAAUUUCUUUGCUGCAGCCGAAGCUAAAUGCUAUAUUAAAGGAAUUGCAAAACUACAAGACAGGAAUUGCAUUUAAUUAUUACCUUUAGAUUUUUUUAAGGAAAAAGUGUGCAGAAUUCAAUAACGUUAAUUAUCGUUAAUUGAGGCAAAUUAUUUAAAUGCACCUGCAGGUGGAGCGAAGGAUGGAAUAACUGACAAAAUGAUUUUUUGAUUAUGCCCCUGUUAAGUUGUAGGUUUUUUUCGAUGUCAUAAAAUGCAUAUCUUAAUUUCUUUUGUUAAUCCCUAUUUUGAUUUUGCUUGUUAUAUUGACUUACAUUUUUUAAUGACUUGCGGAAUAUUUAAGUUAGUUUUUGUCUUUAGUAUUUCCAAUAUAAAUGUGAAGUGAUAUUUAAUGACUUGCAUUUUAUUAGAUUGGUUUCAGGGUAUUUGAUAUUAUAUAUCAACAUCUGAAUCUUGACAAAAGACUUUUUUAAAUUAUGUACAAAGAAUUUUUAUAAACAAUAAUGUCCAUGAGUAAGAAAAUUCACUUAAUGAUAGCACAGGAAAGUUGCAUUUUAGCAAGCGUCUUUUUGUUAACAUGAUAAACCCUAAAUACGUCAAUAUCUGACUCCAAUGACUGUAUCAUUUUUUUUUUAUUUUUUUUUUUUUGAAACAAACUUUAUAGUGGUGUGCUAUUAAGUCGCCUGAGGAACUAAGGAACUUUAGUAAUUUUACUGAAAUCACACAUAAUAGGGUAGAACAAUAAUCUUAGAGCAGCGAAAUACAAGGCAAAAAAUAUUUAAAAAAGGCCUUUUUAAUUAUUUUUUCUCCCGUGAAAUAAACUAUUAAUUCUGAUGAAGCGUAACCUCAGAUAUUAGGGUCUAUGAAAAAAUUCGCAAGCUAAUCAGCAUUAUUCGUUAUCGAGUAAGGUAAAUGGAAGCCACAAUGUUUACUGUGUUUUAAUUAUCAUUUGCCUAAUACUGAUAAUACUAAUACUUGAAUUACUAAUACUUGAAUUACUAAUACUUGUGUUAUACUAGUGUUGUUAUAUAGAUAUAUAAUAAUGAAAUAAGAGAUGACAUCCAGCAGCUCAAAAACAAGUGACAGUGUUAAAAGAAAGUUAUCAGAUGGCUGUGAAAAAUCCAAUUGCAGAUAUGGAAAAAGCUGUUAUCGCACUAAUCCUACACACUUCGAAGAAUUUAAUCACCCAUUAGAAACAGAUGCAAAAAGAACAAAGUACGUAUUUGAUAAGGACAAAGUUUCACCGAAAUAUUUUUUAACAAAAGUGCAAGGAAUUGAUGAUUGUUUUAACCAAGAAACUGUUGCAAUUGGUAUUGAAGAUAUUUUAAAGGAUAAUCAUCGAGAACUUGUUGAAUCUGUUCAGUUUAGUUAUAUCUUUGAUUUAACUUGGUUGUUAAAAAAAUAUCCAGCAAGUGCAAGAUCUAACCCGUUGUUGCUUGUCCAUGGUUUCACUGGCUCGGAAAAAACCGAAUUUGAAGGAGAAGUAAUGAAUUAUGAAAAUAUUGAUCUUGUUCAGGCGAGACUUCCGAUACCAUAUGGCACUCAUCACACUAAAAUGAUGUUGUUGUUGUAUACAAACGGAUUACGUAUUGUAAUUCACACAGCCAACUUGGUGGAGAAUGAUUGGUUUCAAAAGACGCAGGGUGUUUGGAUAAGUCCACUCUUCCAGAAAUGUCCCCCUGGAUACUGUCAGGAAGACGAUACUUUCAAACUGGAUUUGAUAGAAUACUUGAGGACCUAUCGAAGUUCAAAACUCGGAAAGUGGAUAACAAAUAUUGAAGGAUUCGAUUUGACCACCGCCAACGUCCACCUUAUUGCCUCGGUACCUGGCAGAUAUUCUGGAUCGUCCAUAAACAAAUGGGGCCAUCUGAAAUUGAGGAAGGUGUUAAAAGAUCAUGGACCGAGGACAUCUGAUGUAAAUUACCAGUGGCCAGUUAUUGGUCAGUUCUCCAGUAUCGGCUCUCUAGGUGCUGAAAGUUCAAGCUGGCUGACAUCAGAGUGGUUAGAUAGUCUAUCAACGUGUAAAGACAGGAUGUCGACUGGAAGAAGUCAGUUAAAGUUGAUUUUUCCAACUGGCAAUAACGUGAGAAACAGCUUAGAAGGAUAUUCAGCUGGUGGCUCUCUACCCUACAGUGUCCAAACUGCGAUGAAGCAAAGAUAUUUAAAAGAAUAUCUAAAUCAGUGGACAUCUAACACGGUCGGACGAACUUUAGCAAUGCCACAUGUGAAAAGUUAUACACGAGUGUCGCCUGACUGUGCAUCAGCUGCCUGGUUUUUAUUGACUAGUGCUAAUUUAUCGAAGGCUGCUUGGGGAGCGUACGAAAAAAAUCAGUCCCAAUUUAUGAUACGUUCUUACGAAAUUGGUGUGUUGUUAACUCCAAAACAAAAGGAUGAAUCAAGUGCUCUUUUUUCUCUUGACGCAAAAGGUGGUGCGUGUGAAUUUCUACAGCUACCGUUCGACGUUCCGUUGACUCCAUACAGGGAUGGCGUAGAUAAACCCUGGGUAUGGGAUAUCAAAUACACAACAGAGGAUAGCCACGGUCGGUUAUGGAUACCUUAGUAACAAAAUUGCGACUAAUAUCAUACAUCUAUUGGCCUGCAUGAACACGAUGUUAAUUUUUAAGAUGCGGCUUGUUACUUGGCGUGUUUGAGAUGCACCCUAUCGACGCCAAAGAAAAGAAAGAAAGUCACCAAAAGAUGGAUUCUUUGAUAAGCAUUGUUAUAUUUAUGGUUGGAAGGAUGAAAUUGAAUUUAUUCUGUGGAAUUAUUUUGUGCAGUACAACUGCAAACUUUAAUUUAACAUGAUGUAUUGAUACUUCCUCCGAGGAAAUUAGCCAAUGCUGUAGUGUACCUCAUAAAUUAUAUUAUUAUUCCGCUUUU